CACUGCAGCGAAUGGGUGGGAUCAGCCCCAGCAGUCUGAUAGCCACGUAGCUAGCUACCACCGUUAGCUGCGUAGGUAAGAGCUCCUUUUAUCCUCGCUAUCGUCAGCGAAGGUUACAAUGGACUUGCCACAUCAUGUUUACCAAGCACCUAAACAGAGAGGUCGGGCAGUUCCCCCUACAGUCCUGUUUGAGGACACCAGCUCUGGAGCCCCAGCCAUGAGAACUCCGGGGUACAAUAUGGCAGGACCUGCAAAUGAGAUGCAAGGAGAUGCUGCAGGGAACAACCUGUUUGCCGACCCAAUGGCCAACGCUGCAAUGAUGUACGGUUCCUCCUUAGCCAACACGGGAAAGGAUAUGGUAAACAAAGAGUUCAGCAGAUUCGUGUCUGUGAACAAGCUGAAAUACUUCUUUGCCGUUGAUACCAGAUACGUACUGAAGAAGCUUAUGAUCCUCCUGUUCCCGUACACACACCAGGACUGGGAAGUUCGAUACCAUCGGGACACUCCACUGACUCCGAGACAAGAUGUUAAUGCUCCUGAUCUUUACAUCCCAACAAUGGCUUUCAUUACCUACAUUUUACUUACUGGAAUGGCCCUCGGCAUUCAGCAAAGGUUCAGUCCAGAGGUUCUUGGGCUGUGUGCCAGCACUGCCCUCGUGUGGAUCAUCAUCGAGGUGCUGGUGAUGCUGCUCAGUUUGUACCUGCUGACGGUGCACAGCGACCUGUCCACCUUCGACCUCAUCGCCUACAGUGGAUACAAAUAUGUCGGGAUGAUCUUCACAGUGUUGUGUGGCUUACUGUUUGGGAGUGAUGGAUAUUAUGUGGCCCUUGCCUGGUCCUCAUGUGCCCUUAUGUUCUUCAUAGUUCGAUCUCUGAAAAUGAAGAUACUUCCCUCUAUCUCCCACGACACCAUGGGAACUGGAUCAAGCACCAAACCCCAGUUCCGCCUUUAUAUCACUGUGGCCACCGCAGUCUUUCAGCCAAUCAUUAUUUACUGGUUAACCUCUCACUUGGUCAGGUGACCAUGAGGUAUUUAAUAACCUGAAGUCCAUGUGUACUGGACCCAGAAAUUGGUUGUUGAGUGUUUGUACGUCAGCAUUUAUACACUCUUUUUGUCAAAACAUGUAUGUACAGUGUUGAGCUGCGGCGUGUGAACAGCUCGUCAGAUGGACAUGCCCAUAAAUCCUUUCAUUGAUUCAGUAGGGAAGUUCGACAAAAUGUUUCAAUGGAAGACAGUUGUUUUCUUUUGUGAUUACAUAGUAACACCCACAAAUGCUUUUUUUUGGCCACUUAACUUUAAACACAAGGGCUUUCACUGACAUUUCUUUGAUCAUAACAUGGAAUCAAUUAGGCUUGAUUUUAUACAAUGUCUUUGGACAAACUUUCCAGUAUUUACACCCCCCACCAAAGACACAGACAUGCGUUGUGUGAUUCCAGUACAGUUUUUCUGGUACGGUAAUGUUGCUGCCAUAACUCCACUCUUGUGAAUCCUGGAUUUUAUUUAUCUACAUUUGACAAAGCAUGACAAUGUUUGGAUUUUUUGUAGGAAAAAAAUAAAUAUAUUUAGCGUUGCUUAA